AUGGCUCCAGUAGUACCAGUACCGAGAAUUAUUCAACUCGCCACCACGAUCAAGGACGCGGUGCUCAAAAUUCAGGAGACUCUCGAUACCCUAGGGGCACUUUCACCAUCGUUUGAUGAGAAUGCACCCCUUCUUCCUGUACAUAUUGGUAAAGCUCAGGAUAUCGUCCUCGAUGCAACAGCAGAGCUUCACGAUUUGCUCACCGAGCCCACAAAUAUGAUUCAUAGGUUAGCUAGGGUAAAGAUCACCCGAUCACUCCAUCUUGAUAUAUUCCAUCAACAAACAGCUAACUUUAACAUUGAUGCGAUCUCUCACUUUGGUAUUGCGGAACUCAUACCGCCUAAUGGGCAGGCUUCGUUUAAGGAGAUUUCUGAUAGGACGCCAUUGACGGAGCAGAUGGUGAGCCGAAUUAUUCGCCAUGCUGCCAUGAUGCGAAUCUUUUGUGAGCCCGAGCCUGGUAUUGUAAAACACACGAAGGCUUCCAGAAUUUUAGCCGAUCCGGAUGCGAGAGACUGGACUCGAGCUGGUAUCGAGGAGUUAAGCCCUGCAGGCGCGAAGGGUUUUUCGCUUGCACACAAUAUCACAGGGUCAAUUUACGAUGUUCUUGCAGAGAAUCCCGAUAGAGCGGCCCGCUUCAGUAGCGCUAUGAAGAUGAUGACAUCAAGACCGGCAUUUGACCUAUCGUAUGGAACAGACUACUACGACUGGAAGUCUCUAGGGGAAGCUCAAGUGGUUGACGUCGGGGGUGCCCGGGGGCACUUCGCAAUGGCCCUUGCAAGGCAAUACAGUCAGCUCCGUAUUAUUGUGCAGGACAUGGCUAAGGUAAUUGAGAAUGCAAAUGCAGGAGAAGUAUCAGAGAGGGUCCGCUUCUUGGCCCAUAAUUUGUUCGAUCCUCAGCCCAUCAGAGCUGAUGUAUAUUUCUUUCGUUGGAUCUUCCACAACUGGUCCGAUGUCUAUUGUAUUCGCAUCCUGAAGGCCCAGUUACCAGCAUUAAAGCCCGGGGCGAGGCUUGUUAUACAAGAAGUUUUCAUGCCCGAGCCGGGAUCCCUGGCCUACUGGAAUGAAAGAGAUAUCAGAUCGAUGGAUCUGGAAAUGGCCUUCACCUUCAAUUCCCGAGAAAGGACUCUGGCUGAUUGGGAGGCAUUGUUCAAAGCGGCCGAUCCAGGCUUCGUGCUUAAGGGAGUUGUGAAUCCUCCAGGGUCCGCCAUGGGAAUUCUUGAAUUCGUCUGGGAGGGUCGCAAUGGAUCAGCAUAG